UCCAGCAAACUUCCUAAUUCUAUUCUCAACAGGUUUAAGCUAACGUCAACUUCUCUCCUAUAAAUUCCGACCAGGUGAGAUUGCAACCUCAAAACUUUCGAACUCUCCAUCCGUACGUAUCGAAGGUUUCCUUUCAGAGCACCGAUGGACAAGCUAAACAUUCAAUUCGGUGAGAUAUCGUUUUCUAGCGAAAACGAAGCCGCGUCGGAGAAAGCUACGGUGGUGCAUGCGCCAAGAAUCGCACCGACCUACUUGAAUCGGUUGAAAAAGAUGGUUUCCGAUGCGUCAUCGCCGGCACCGGUUAAUCGCAAACAUUCACCGGCGUCAUCUAGGGUUAACGAUAAGGGGUUAUCGGAGGAGGAGAAGAGAGAGCAAACCAAAUUCGCGCAAGUGAAGCGGAAGAAAGAUUUUGUUCACUACGAGAGAGUUGAUGGGAGAAAGGUAAACGUGGUUCAAGGCCUUGAAUUACAUACUGGGAUUUUCGACGCGGAAGAACAGAUGAAGAUUGUUGAGUGCGUUUACCAGUAUCAGCAAUUGGGUCAGAAAGGGCAACUUAGAGCUCGAACCUAUUCUGAGCCAAAGAAGUGGAUGCGGGGCAAAGGGCGUGCAACGAUUCAAUUCGGUUGUUGUUACAACUAUGCAGUGGACAAAAAUGGCAAUCCUCCCGGAAUAGUAAGAGAUGAAGAAGUGGAUCCAUUGCCUGCUGUGUUCAAGCAGAUGAUUAAGAGGAUGGUCAGGUGGCAUGUUUUGCCUCCAACAUGUGUCCCCAAUAGCUGCAUUGUAAACAUCUAUGACGAGGGUGACUGCAUUCCUUCUCAUAUUGACCAUCAUGAUUUUGUUCGCCCUUUUUGCACUGUGUCGUUUUUGUCAGAAUGCAAUAUUCUUUUCGGAUCGAGUUUGAAGAUAGUUAGCCCCGGAGAAUUUUCUGGUCCUGUCUCUAUACCUCUGCCAAAAGGGUCGGUGCUUGUUUUACAAGGUAAUGGAGCUGAUGUUGCAAAGCAUUGCGUACCGGGUGUUCCAUCUAAAAGAAUCUCUGUUACUUUUAGGAAGAUGGAUGAAAGCAAAUCGCCUUUCAACUACAAGCCCGACCCCGAGCUUCUGAGAAUUCAGCCUUUGGUUCUCUAUCGUUCUCCAGUUGGACAACCGUCAACUCAACAAAGUGUUGCUGAGAAUGAAAAGAAGAUGAAGCAUGAUAAACCCGAUUCUCCACCUGCACAGACAACAAACCGGAACGUUCUCACUGGAAACGAAGAAUUCCCUCCCCUCGGGAGCUUGAGUUCUUUAGGCAAGAACAGGAGUACUAGAAGAGGUAAAUAGUCAUAAGCCAUCAUCAGUUGUUCCGCUUGUACCAUUAGUGUAUGAAUUGCUUGUACCAUUAGUGUAUUUUUACCCUAUACAAGCAUCCGAAAGAAUAUUUUAGUGCAGUGUGCUUUCUAUGUUAAGUGUAUACUAUGGAGCAAAUCUGGGUUUUGCUUCCUCAGUGUUUGUCUCAGAAAGUAUCUUUUUUUUUUUUUUUUUUUUUUUUUUUUUUUUUUCCAAACCAUUUAUGUAUUUUUGGACUGGUAAAGUCAAAACUCAAAACCAGUAAGACCAUAUUAUGUUUUGGAUGAAUGAAUAAAGUUGCAGCCUUUAGUA